UGUGUGACGUGUCACUUCCUUUCGGCACGACAACAAACUUGAGAAGAUGGAAACACACGUUUCAUAUUUUAUUUUUGUCCUUGUCAUAUCUUUGACAAAUGCUCUUUACUUCCACAUCGGCGAAACAGAGAAAAAAUGCUUCAUCGAAGAAAUUCCAGACGAAACUAUGGUUGUAGGUCAUUAUAAAGUGGAAGUUUUUGACAAGAAUACUAAUAACUAUGUCCCAUCUGUGCCUGGAUGGGGCAUGCAUGUAGAGAUACAAGAUCCAGAUGAUAAAGUGGUUUUAUCACGGACCUAUGCAGCAGAGGGACGAUUUACAUUUACUUCUCAUACUGCUGGUGAACAUAUCAUCUGUUUACACUCAAAUUCGUCAGCAUGGUUUGCUAGUGGUCAGUUGAGAGUACAUUUAGACAUCCAAGUUGGAGAACAUGCAGUAGACUAUGCCCAGAUACAAGCUAAAGACAAACUGUCAGAAUUACAGCUACGUAUCAGACAAUUGUUAGACCAAGUAGAACAAAUUACCAAAGAACAGAAUUACCAGAGGUACCGAGAAGAGAGAUUUAGACAGACAAGUGAAAGUACUAACCAAAGAGUAUUAUGGUGGUCAAUAGCUCAGACUCUUAUUUUACUGGUUACAGGAUUUUGGCAGAUGAAACAUCUAAAGAGCUUUUUUGAAGCUAAAAAACUUGUAUAAUACAAAAUAUUUUAGAUGAUAAGUUUAACAAAUAUAGAUAAAAAUCAGAAAAGCUGAGUUUUGGGGGGAUCAAGUUUUUAGGAAACAGAUUAGAAAAAAAUUAUGACUUUUCAUAUAGAAAUCCAUUGAUUUUUAAAAGAAAGUAUUAUUGAGCAGGGAUUUUUUUGUCAAAUAACCUAUUAAAAGGACAAAAAUUGAAAUAUUUAUAUAAUUUUGAAAGAAAAAAAAUCAGUAAAUUUAUUAGUAAUUUUACAAACAGUUUAGGGUAUGUUUUAAAUAACUCAUCAUGAAAUACAUUAUCAUGUGUUCCCGACAUUUAAUUUUUUUAUGUUCUUGUGUGAAAGAAAUGUGUGGGUGUGUGUUGGAGAAUGGGAGCUUUAACUUUAUAUUUUUGUGAAUGAAACUCAUAAUAGUUACUUCAGGAUUUGUGUGUUGCAGACUUGUAUGUUGUAAAAUAUACAUCCUUGUCAAGGUUAUAGUGAAUAAGGAAGAUAUAAAAAGGGAAUAAUGAAAAAGGAAAUAGGUCAAAAUAACCGUCAAAUGUAUAAAACAAUAUUUUAUGAUUCUACCUGUCAAUUUUUAUUUUUUUUUUAAUUUAAAACUUACAAUUCUUUUGUCUAUUUGGGGGAUGAUCUAAAAUUAAAUUUAGUUUUGAUUGAUAUAACAGUUUGUUAUUUUGCUGAGGUCUUAAUAAUACUUGUUCUCUGAAGUGUUUGGCAUAUUUUUUAUAUAUCACCUAGUUUAACUUUUAUUAACGGAAUAUGUUAACUUCUGCAGAUGCCACAUACAAAAAGUACUAAAAUUAUAGAGGUGCCACAAAGAAUGUACUAUUAUUCUCUGAUGAUUUUGUGUAGCAAAUGUAUUAUAAAACAUUGGAAUCUUUCAAAAUAAAUCAUUGGUGCUUUCAAUUCUUUUAUUGUAUCAAAGAUUUUCCAUUCUCAAGAUUUGCUGAUCUCUCUCAUCUUACUUCUGUAAGUUCUCUUUUAGAAAUGAUUGAAUGGAAUAAGAUUUAGGAUGUACUUAGAAUAAAUAAUUUGUAUUUAGGUUGGUUACAGUAUUUUCUGAUUACCCAACUCAUUAAACUAUGGAUCGUCAAAUAAGAUGUAUUGAAAUUUCUACAAACCUUUUCAUAUUUGUCACAAAAGGAUAACAAGAAUAGAAUAUUCAUUCAUAUUUUUAAAAAUGUUAUAUUAAUGUAAAUCUCACAUUUUACAUCUUGUUCAUUUUUUCGCAAGGAAAAUAAUGAUUUAAUAUGAUAUUGAAGUAUUGUUGUUGAUUAGUCUAGUCCAAUUAUAUUUAAAAGAAAGAAAUUGAUUUAUUACAAUUACAAAAAAUUUGCUAUUCAUCAUAUCUGAACUUCAUGGUUUAAAAGACAUUAAGUUUAUGUGAGAUGGGUUGAAAAUAAAUAGUGCUUUAUGCCUACAGAUUUUUUAAUGUAAAUAGAGAUUGUAUUUAUUUUAUAAGUAUAUACUAGUUAAUUUAACGCUUUAUUAUAAAAUUGCUGGUCUGGUGCACUAAUUUUUUUUCCAUUUCUGCUGAGUAUAUAGCAGGUAUUUCUGUUUAAGUUUAUAGCACUUUAUAUAUAUUGUCUUAACUUAUGUUGGAGUACACAUAGUGGGAUUAAAUGUUAACUUAAAUGUCAGACUGGAUAAGAUCGAGCCAUAAAAAAUCAUAAAUAAUCAUAAAAAACUUCUGUAAAUUUUUUAAUGCAACCAACAUCCAGUCAUGUUUUUAUGUUGAAUUAAUUGCAACAUGGUUGUUGGUCAAAAAACCAAAAACACCACAAUUUAAAGAAAAUAUAUAUGAUGACUUUCUGUUUUAAACAAUUUAGAUGAAGAUUUUGACAGAUUUUUGUAACAUUCUGUUUGUAUGAAUGAAGGUAUGUGGUUAUAAUAUUUUUUUCUUCUUCAUAUGGAAUUAAGCUGUGUUAAGUAUUUUGAUUUAUGUAUUGUCUUGUGUGUGCAAGUGUUUUUCUGUACCUUCUUUUUUUGUUUCUGGAUACUUGCAUAAGAGUAUUUUAAAAAGUAAAAAACUUAAAUGUA